UUGGAGUUCAAAGUUCAAUUGCCUUUUGAGAGGCAUCCCUGUGUUUCUCUCUAGCAUCGUGUUAACUCAUUUUGUAACAAAUGCGACGUAUUUGUAUUUCUGUGGAGUAGCCAACUGUGGAUGGUCUUUGUGGCACGAUGACCACCAUAGUCCAUGAUACCGCAGAGGCGGUGUGCCUCUGUGAAGAGCACAAUUUGUACCUCAAGCCUACAGCCAAGAUGACCAUCAGCGUGGCUCUCCCGCAACUCAAGCUACCUGGCAAAAGCAUCUCCAACUGGGAAGUGAUGGAGAGAUUAAAGGCUAUGGUGGCCCCGGAGCAGCUGUCUGCCCUACGCAUCUCCAAGAGCACCAUGGACUUUAUCCGGUUUGAAGGGGAGGUGGAGAACAAGGGGAUAGUCAAGACCCUUCUGAGCCGUCUGGACGGAAAAAGCAUCAAACUCAGUGGCUUCACUGACAUACUGAAGGUACGUGCAUUGGAGAACAAGAUGGACUUCCCGACGCGGCACGAUUGGGACUCCUUCUUUCGGGACGCUAAGGACAUGAACGAGACGUUGCCGGGGGAAAGGCCGGACACCAUCCACCUGGAGGGUCUGCCGUGCCGCUGGUUCAGCCUGAAAGACAGCCAGCACCCUGACCGCCCCUCUGAGGAGGUCCUCGCCACCAUCUUCCAGGGAUUCGGCAAGGUGCGGAACGUGGACAUUCCCAUGCUGGACCCAUACAGGGAGGAAAUGACGGACAAAAACUUCAAUACGUUCAGCUUCGGUGGCCACCUUUACUUUGAGGCCUAUGUCCAGUACCAGGAGUACCACGGAUUCACCAAGGCCAUGGACACCCUGCGGGGCAUGAAGCUGAUGCUCAAGGGGGAUGACGGCAAGGCGAUGGCGUGCAACAUCAAGAUCACCUUUGACACCAGCAAGCACCUGAGCUCAACGGCCGUGAGGCAGAGGAGCCAGGAGCGGCUGAAGCUGCAGGAGCUGGAGAGACAGCGGGAGGAGCAGAAGCGCAAGGAGAAGGAGGAGGAGGACCGACGCAAGGAGGAUGAGAGGAAGCUGAAGGAGCAGGAGGAGGAAGAGCGGGAGCGGCGGCGGGAGGAGCGCGUGCGCAAGCGGGAGCAGAAGGUGCGCGACCGCGAGGAGCGGCGCAACCUGAAGCGCGUGAAGCGGCGGCAGGACGAGGAGCAGAGGAAGCUGCAGCUGAAGAUCGCCACGGAGGAGCGCCGGCUGCUGCUGGCCCAGCGCAACCUGGAGUCCAUCCGCCUCAUCGCCGAGCUGCUGGCCCGGGCCAAGGCGGUGAAGCAGCAGCAGCAGGAGCGCGAGCGGCUGGAGCGCGAGGAGCUGGAGCGGCAAGAGCGCGUGCGCCAGGACGAGGAGCGGGCCCGCCUCCAGCAGCUGGAGGCCCGGCGGCGGCGGCAGGAGGACGAGCUGCGGCGCGUGGAGGCGGAGAAGGAGCGCGCGCUGGAGCUGCAGCGGCGGGAGCGCGACCUGCGGCAGAAGCUGCUGGGCAACCUGCUGAAGAAGAGCUCGGGGGUGGGGGCCCCGGCGGCCCCCCCGGCGGAGGGGGAGCCGGGGGCGGCCGAGGCGGAGGACGCCCAGGAUCCCACCUCGCUCCCGGGAGGCGGAGGCGGAGGCGGCGACAACGACAUCCGGGUGGCCCAGGGGAACUGCUUAAAAGGGCGUAAAGUCCGGAAGCCCAAGAAGCCGGCGGGCUCCGGCGUCGGCUCACAGGGGGCAGCGAAGAAGAAGGGCUCGUCGGAGAAGAGGAAGGCCGACGGGUCGGAGCGGGAGAGGAGACGGGAGGAGGGGACGACGGGCCGAGGCGCGGGCAGCGGCGGGGAGCGGGCCCAGGAGCGCCGGUCUUCCGAGCGCGACAGGAGGAAUGGCAGCCGGGGACGUAGGAGACACAGCCGCAGCCACAGCAGCAGCAGGAGGAGGAGGAGGAGCUCCAGUCGCCGUAGGAGGAGUCACAGUCGUCGGGACACCAGGAGGCGGAGUCGUGGCCGUAGCCAUCGCGGCCGCAGCAGCAGUAGUAGCAGCAGCAGCAGCAGGAGUUCCAGUCGCUAUCGGAGCCGAAGCAGCAGUGGGCGGAGCUAUGGCCGGAGUAGGAGGGGCCACAGGCGGAGCAGGAGCCGGCGGAGGAGCGGAGACAGUCGAAGCAGCUCUCGGGGCCGGGAAAGGAGGAGUUAUAGUCACGACAACAGACGCAGGCGUCGGAGCCGGAGCCGCAGCAGGGACAGUCGCUCUCGGCAUCGUUAACAUGUUGCUGUGAUCAACCUAGUGAUUGAUUGUUUAUUACAUUUUUGCAGUACCAAAAACCUGCUUGGGCAGGUCGUCACGACAUGCAGUUUAAAUUUCUCAUCUAUUUGUUAGCCUAAAUAAUCUGCUUUUGUUCAUUUCAAAGACACCUCAAAUGCUGCAAAUUUUGUAUUGCAUAUCGGUUGUUUUAGUGAGGAACAUUUCUUUUGAUACCUUUUCAGUUACUAACCUGAACCCAUGGCUCCCCUCUAGAGCUCACAGCAGGUCACCUGUGGACUAUUAGUGGCAUUACUACUGCUGCAGCCCGACAUGUGAAUCACAGGCCCUUGUUAGUGUAAGUAGUAUACUUUUAGAAUUUCUGGAUACUUUAAUCUUAAAUCUGAUGGAGUGAAACGGUUUUAUUUUCUUUCUUUCAUGGCUGCUGGCCCCGUCAAUAAUCAUAAGGUUGUUUUUUUUAUAGCUGAAAUUCCCAACAAAACGGUAACGAGCUGCAAUGCUUUUGAUACUCUCACAAGUAUUGCAUCAGCUGCGCUUUGCGAAUAGAUUCCAUUGUGUUCCUAAAGCCCAUUUUAACAUGUCUGGAGUCCUGCUGUAGACUUGUUCAAAUCUGCUCAUCAUUCGCUGUUCAACAACGGAAGUCUGAGGCAUCAAACUUGCCAACGACAAGUACAUGACAAUUAGAAGGAAAUGAAGGACAUUGCAUGGUAGUAUAUGCAGCCCUUGUAAUGAAAGCAUGUUAUGCACAUUCACAUGGGUUAUUAAAAUAUUUGUUUAAAUAAAGUAAAACCAAAAAUGG